AUGGAUGAGGACGCUUCUUCGGGCUCUGGAGAUGAUGCAAACAUGCUAGAUGGAAACAAGCAUCAUUCUGGGGUACCAUCAAGUUCAGGUCGUCGGAAGAGAAGUCGCAAGGCCACCAGUGAUGCUAUAGUGGAUGCUAUGCUUGAAAUAGCUGCAGCUUCAAAAAUGAGGGCAGCGGCAAUCAUGAAGAGCGAGGAAGGGUUUUCCAUAAGCAAAUGCAUAAAGGUACUGGAUGAUAUGCCAGGCAUUGAUCAGCAGAUCUACUUUUCUGCAUUGGAUUUGUUUGAGAACCCUAAUGCGAGAGAAACUUUCAUUUCUCUUAAGAGUGAGAAACGGUUACCGUGGUUGCAGCGCAAGUUUAAUACAACAGCUGGCAUGGAUGAUUUUGACUUAGAAUUGGAUGAGAUGGAACUAACUGCUGCAGCGGCUGGCUACUACUAUUAUAACAGUAUUACCAAGCAAACUUGUCGUAGUCUGUCACCCAGUAAAGAAAGUGGAUUUAUGACCGAAGUUCUCAAUGGUCAUGAUGAUGUGUUCCAGGAAAUGUUUCGGAUGGAUAAAAAUGUUUUUCACAAGUUAUGUGACAUUCUUCGGCAGAGAGGCAUGUUACGUGAUACUGCUGGUGUUAUGAUAGAAGAGCAGCUGGGAAUUUUUUUGAAUAUUAUUGGCCAUAAUGAACGUAACAGAGUAAUCCAAGAGCGGUUUCAUCAUUCAGGUGAAACCAUCAGCCGUCAUUUCAAUAAUGUGUUGAAGGCAGUCAAGUCACUCUCUCGUGAAUUCUUACAAACACCAACCCCCACCACCCCUCCAAAAAUCCUUGGAAAUAUUAGAUUUUAUCCAUAUUUCCAGGAUUGUGUAGGAGUCAUUGGUGGAAUGCACAUUCCAGCCCAUGUCCCAGCCAAAGAUCAAUCCCGUUUUCGAAACAAGAAAGGUGUUCUUUCACAAAAUGUGUUGGCAGCUUGCACGUUUGACCUCCAGUUUAUUUUCAUUUAUCCUGGUUGGGAAGGAUCAGCAACAGGUUCACGUGUAUUGAAGGCAGUUCUUGAUGAUCCACAUCAGAAUUUUCCUUGUAUUCCUGAAGGGAAAUAUUACCUUGUUGACUCAGGAUAUGCAAAUAUGAAAGGAUUUAUUGCUCCAUUUCAAGGGGUAAGGUAUCACGUUCAUGAAUAUAGAGGUGCUAAUCAGUUACCUAGAAAUGCAAGGGAGCUAUUUAAUCACAGGCACUCAUCUCUUAGCAAUGUCAUCCAGAGGUCUUUUUCUUUGUUGAAGACUAGGUUUCCUAUUCUCAAACUUGCUCCUCAGUAUGCUGUUCAUAUUCAAAGAGAUAUAGUUAUAGCUGCAUGUGUUCUACACAAUUACAUACGGCGUAUGUCAGAAAAGGAUUGGCUGUUUUCCGAUGCAGAAAGGAUAACAAUGGAUGAAUUGCCUGAUCUUGAUGAAAAUCCUGACAUGGAAUUGGUUGCUUCGUUACCAGAACAUGUUGCUUUUUCAUUGAGAGAGUCGAUUGCAGCAGAAAUGUGGAAUGACUUUAUAAAUAGAUGGGAUCAGUGGUAA